GAUGAUCUUGUUCUUCAGUGGAUUUCUUGCUCAGGUUGCUGUUCACGAUGUUGGGAGCGUUUUCCCCCAUCUCACUAGUCAUACUGAACCUAGGCCAACAAGUACCUAACAGUGCUCUCUCUCUCUCUCUCAUUCGUUCAUUUCAUCUACUUUUUUUUUAUUAGUCAUUUCAUCUUUUCAUUUCAUAUCUUCUCUCUUUCUAUUUUCCUCACCUCACCUCUGAUCUCUCUUUCUUCCUCACCUCUAAUUUUUGUCUUCCUCACCGUCUGGUCUGUCUCUACAAAUACUUGAGCUGGUGGUGCUAACUGCCAUAGACUCUCAGCAUUCUUCCACUGAUCAAUUCCAGACAUGGAGUCCAUGCCUAACCCAAGCAUGGAAACACCAGAUAAGCUUCACGUAGUUAUGUUCCCAUGGUUAGCUUUUGGUCACAUGUUUCCUUUCUUAGAACUCUCCAAGGUCAUAGCCCAAAAGGGUCACACAGUCUCCUUUGUAUGCACUCCUAGAAACAUCGACAGACUGCCCAAAUUGCCCCCAAAUCUAGCCCCUCUCAUCAAUUUAGUGAAGCUUCAAUUGCCUAAGGUCGACAAACUCCCCAACAACGCAGAGUCCACCAUCGAUCUUCCCUAUGACGAGGUCAAGUACCUCAAGAUGGCCUACGAUCAACUCCAACAACCCAUGACUCAGAUUCUGGCAGAUUUGGCUCCCGAUUGGGUUAUUUACGAUUUCGCACCAUAUUGGCUAGGCCCUAUUGCUACCAGACUUGGCAUUUCCAGUGUGUUCUUCGGAGUUUCAAUUGCCGCUUCUGCGUGCUUUCUUGGUCCUGUACAAGUCCUGAAGGGUUUGAGUGGAGAAGAUGACCGCAACACACCAGAGGACUUCACUGUUCCACCCAAAUGGAUCCCCUUUAAAUCCACCAUCGCAUUUCGGCUUUUCGAGAUUAAGCGGAUCUUCGAAGACGCAGCCACAGCCAACGAUGAAAAUGUUCCAGUGACAUAUCGGUUGGGAGCAGGCAUCGGAGCCUGUGAUGUGUUGGCUGUGAGAAGCUCUUAUGAGCUCGAACCCGAAUGGUUAAAACUUCUUGAAGAGAUUCACCAGAAACCGAUUAUACCAGUUGGCCAACUGCCCACCACGGGGUAUGAUAGUUGUGACAACGAUGAAGCAUGGAUCGAGAUGAAAGAGUGGCUUGACAAGCAGCCCCAAAGGUCCGUGGUCUAUGUUGCAUUUGGGAGCGAAGCACAGCCGAGUCAAGCCGAACUUACUGAGAUAGCUCUCGGGUUAGAGCUAUCUGAGUUACCUUUUUUUUGGGUUCUGAGGAUUCGGCGUGGUAUGCUUGAUAGUGAGGUGAUCCAGUUACCAGAUGGGUUUGAGGAGAGAACCAAGGGACGAGGGGUGAUUUGCACAAGUUGGGCUCCUCAACUCAAGAUACUGAGUCAUGACUCAGUGGGUGGAUUCUUGUCUCACUCUGGGUGGAGUUCGGUAAUUGAGGCCAUACAAUUCGAGAAAUCCCUCAUUUUGCUGUCUUUCUUGGCAGACACAGGGUUGAUCGCUAGGCUUUUGGAAGAGAAGAAGAUGGCAUACUUGAUACCGAGAGACGAGCAGGACGGCUCGUUCACGAGAGACUCGGUGGCCGACUCACUGAGACUAGUGAUGGUUGAGGAUGAAGGCAGGGUAUACAGGGACAAGGUUAAAGAGAUGAGUGGGUUGCUUUUUGACAGGGCUAUACAAGAUAAAUACGUGAAUAAUUUCGUGGAUUACCUCAAGAAGCAUACACAACGAUCUUGAGAAGGAAAUCAAGAAUAAACUGUGUAGACUGAUGUUUUGCUAUGGGUAAUGUUUUAUUUUGCAAGUUGUACUACUGUCUGCCUGCUAAUGAAGUUUCUUGUAUUUGAAUAAAUAAAAGGAUGAUCAUUUUGUAAUGUACAUUUCUCUUUUUGUUGC